AGCCCCUGUGAAUUUGGUCGUGUUGAUGAGUCGUUAACCAGCGAGAGGGCGUUUCACUUCACUUUAGUCUGAGUGCCUCAAGCACAAUGUUGAAGGCCCUAGUUUUUCUACUUAUUUUUUGGAGCUCAUCGGCCUCUACCUCGAGAAACAGUAAGUAACUGACAAAAUAUUUCACAUUACACUGCAUUUAGGAUGCAAUUUGUGUACUCAUUACACUAUUUACAUGUUACACUAUUGUAAGUGUAAUGAGACGCUUCUAUUUGGCAGCCAAAACUGACCUGGUGUUCUCGCUGGGAUGUCAAGCUGUGAUUCCUUGUUCGCUUCACAAAAGCGAUUUAAACUCCAUCAAAUGGUUCUACAAAAAAGGUGACCAUAAUGCACCAAGACUGCUGUAUUAUAAAGACGAGAAAGGAAUAGAGCAACAUCAGAGCUUCUUCCGCUCCAGAAUGAAGGUGCCACAUGAUGGUUCCUUGAUCAUUAAUCAUUUCAGGGAGGUGGACGAGGGCCUUUACUGGUGUGAAAUCUGUUCUCGAAAAAUGUGUUUGGAGAAUCCGCCCACUGUCUUGAGUGUGAAAAAAGAAACUCUAAAAGAGACUCAUAAGACGGUCUACGUUAUUACAGGAAUCAGUUUAACUGAGACGUGUCCAGGGGACUUUGUUGACUUAAAAUGGACAUUUGAAUCACUCGCAAACUCCAACCGUGGCCCAGAACCAGACUUUGUGACUCACAACAAGUCUAUGCACAUUGGUAAUGUUAAAAAAGCACAUGCUGGGAGAUAUAUCUGCUGGAAAAGCGGAUGUGAGAAGCUUCUCACGGUCCACUUGUGUGUACUAACAGGUCCCAACAGCGAGGCUUCGUCUGUUUCCUGUGCUGUGACGUGUGACAUGGAACUCAGUAACGUCAAAGCAAACAGCACAAUAAAUGUGGAGACAGGCACAGGGACGAUAUCUGUGCAUGUAGAUCCAGAUGGGUCCUUGAACUGCACGGCAAAGCAGAUGUUUGAUGGACACCGCGCAUUAAACAGCACCAAAAGGCCAUCAGACGCUUUCAACAACUCAACAGACUUAUCUACGGAAUAUCUGUUGCCGGUGACUUGUGGAACGUCAGCCGGCCUCGCAUCCCUUAUUUUAAUGUCAAUUUUCAUUUGCUACAGAACAACGUUACUAGCAGCGUUUCCUGUUCACUUUUGUUGCCGGGGCGUAAAUGCCAGGGGGGAAGAGGAGUCUUCCGUGGUUUAUUCAUCGACUGUCUUUAGGAGACUUGCAACACGUGAUCCUUUUUCAGACAGUGGUUGUGUGUACAGUGAAAUACGAGUAAAACAGGCCAGAAAUUAAGUUGUUAAUGAAUAAAUAAAUGACACUGUGUAAAAGAUUUUGUGAAAAAUAUGUUUAUGUUACUUGUGUCUUUAGAUACAGUAAUUUAUUACAUUCUACUACAUUGCUAACUAAUAUACUGUAUGCAAGUACACCAAGUAUACCUUGCAGUAUAGGUGAAUAUUUCCUCAUUGAACCGUACACACAGGUGGUUUAGAGAAAUAAUUAUGCUGGGUCGAAAGCAAACGGCUUAGAUUGGCUAACACAGGUUUACAUUCCAUCACGUUGCUGCACAGUGACCGGUGAUCAUGAAGUGGAAUACGCCGGAACAAGAAGACACCUGCAUUACCACAUGGCUCCAGUAGGCGUAGAUAUACAUAAAGGCCAGUAGGGGGCAGUAAUGGGCCUCUAUGUCGGAUACAACAGCAGCGGGAAACGCAGCAA